AUGAAUACCGCAACUGUUUUCCUCGAUUGUGACGCUUCCACUGAUCCUCAUGUCAUGGUUUCCAUCCCACCUCCUCCUCCUAACUCUCCUCAGGAUGGGGAGAUUCACGGUGCCAACGAAUCUCGCGUUAUGUUCUGGAAGAAUAUCCCUGUUCCGAUAACUCCUGACAACCUGGCCAACAUUAUUCGAGAUUUAAGGGUCCAUAAUGGUGAACUCGAGUCAGAUAGAAUUGCUCUUCAACAGUGA